GGUAGAGGUCUGGAAUAACGCACACACACAAAACACCUACCAGGCACAUAGUUGUCGCACCAGUGGGAUGUCCUAUUAGCAGACAAUACGUAUACAAUUGGUAGCGCAGCGCCCUUCGAUUGUAUUUACGCGGAUGUCGGCGCGGCUUGCAGCAUCACAACCUGUAGAGAAAGGGUAUGCAGUUAAUUUACGCCGAGUGCAGGCCCCAUGCACGGCCUCGCCCGCGUCGCCGCCUUCCUCGUCGCCUCCGUGUCGGGGUCGUUGCUAGCCGUGAUCGUGUUGCAGUAUCGGGAGAUCCUCGACAGCAGCAGGCAGACCCCGCCAGUCGUGCUACCGCGGUCGCCCAGCUAUCUCAAGUGGCUCUCCGACCAUGGUCUGAGGCGCGCAACCAGCGGUGACGUGAACGAGGCACGCCUGCUGUACGAACGGGUGCCCGUGCUAUGCUUGGUGCGCGCCACAUCCGCGCAGCAGGCGCGCUCGGUGCUGAACACCUGGAGCCGCCGUUGCAACCGCGUGGUGUUCUUCGGGACCCUCUCGGACGCGCACGUGCCCGUCGAACGUGUGCCGUUGGGCGACGUCGCCGCGGCGUGCGAACUCUUCGCUCGCGUACUAGCCCGGCACGGAGGCUUGUUCCGCUGGCUGCUGCUAGUGGACGACGAGACGUUCGCCGUGGUGGAGAACCUGCGCCUCUACGUGGCUCCGCUGAACGCCAGUCAAGUGCACUACCUGGGACACUCCGUGCGAUGGGGUUCCGGCUUCUACAACGCGCUCGCGGCCGGCAUAGCGCUCAGUGAGGGCGCCGUGCGGGCGCUUCGAAACCGCUGCCGGCCGGCGGCCGAUCUCGAGCGUAUGGUGGCUGCCUCGCUGCCACGUGCGCAGCCCGUUGACACGCGCGACACGCUACUGCGGAGCCGAUUCAACCUGUUCGGUGUCGAGCAGAUGCUCAUACCAGGAUCGGUUGCCUACGAACACCGGCGAUCCAGCAUCUUCCGCAGCCCCGAGGGUGGACGCUGCUGCAGCCAGCACGCCAUCACCUUCCACGGAGUGAAUCCGGUGGACAUGUUCCUGCUGGAGUACCUGGUGUAUGGGCUGCACAUUGGGCCAGGGGGCGGCCUGUCCCCGACCAACAGUCCACCGGCCAACGUCCCCAUGGAGCUUACCAGCCUGCUCAAGGGGAAAGCCUUUGUCAAGCCUUAUGGCGUCCCUGCUGCCUGAUCUAAGUGCAGGGCCUAUUCUCUUCUCAGUUGUGCCUUAAACAUUUGCUGUAAUUAAGGAUGAGUGUCAUGCAUAUUUACGAGACAUUUUUAUGCAUAAAAUAUUUUCAUACCCUUUUCAGUCCCAGUGAACCCAUUUUCGGAGUCAUUGCUUUGGGCAAGCACAGCCAAUUCUGAAGCAAAUAUUUUUUACCUUCAACUUGAAUUUCUCAAAUGGAGAGCAUUGCUUUAGCUCAAGCAGAAUGGCGCUCAAUGUCUGCAUCUGUGAUGCACAGAGGAUUUGAAAAUCGCAUUUAAUGUCAACAUUUUUUUUUUUAAAUUGGUAUGUGUGACAGCACUACCAAAGGGUCUUAAAUGAAGUUGAAAUCAAUGUUUAUGUAUAAUCUAUAUAGUUAAUUGUAGUUAGUAGCUGUUUAAAAACAUCGAAUACUAAAUUUAUUUAGAGAAAAUAAUUAAAAUUUUACCACUUUUUUUCACGGUUCAUCCAAAAUAUAAUUUUGCCUGUUUUCUAGUGCACUCGGGAGCAUAAUAAAGCUUGAAACACAUUGGCCUGGAAUUUCCAUCUUGGAACAGAGGAUAAACUGUACAGUCUGAAUUCUAAGUUGAUGCACAAAUGUUGCCUCUUAAUAAAGUGGCAGUUAGGGCUAAUUUUUCACAAAUUUGAGGGUUAAAAUUAAUGGUUGUGAGCCAAAAAUUGUGUUUUCCACAAGAGAAAAUUGGAGAUAGAAGCAAAAAAAUUUUAAGUCGUCAGCCUAAGUGAGAAUCAUGCACAAGCAUUGUGUGUGGCCAGCAGAUGGUUGCGCCUUACUGAUUAAUUACUGUGUUGUAAGAACGAGUGUCACGGGCAGAUUUCCAAGACAUUUGUAUGCAUAAAAUAUUUUCAUUAUAAA